UGUCAGUGAACCGCUUUCCCUCGGUCAGAUACACUCCCACACACACACAGACACGCGCUUGCUGUCCCCGCUGAUGGCCGACAAUGCGCCUGCAGCCGCUGCAAGUAGUGUGAAGUGUGGUGAUGGUGGUCAGCCUCUCGACAGUUCGCUAAAAUCCUCGAAAAAAAUGUUCAACCCAAACAACCCGAACGUCCAGGGUGGUGCCAGUGGCAGCGGCGGAAGCGGAACGAACGGCACCAACAGUGGUGCCCCCGGUGGUACCAAUGCAACGGCCGGUCCGAUCGACCGUCUCCGGAUGCUGUAUCCGAAUGUCAACGAAGCAGUCGACCCGCUGCCCCGCUCCUGGAGCCUGCAGGACAAGUGCAGCACCAUUGGACUAACGCAAAACAAUCUACGUGUUCACUACAAAGGAAUUGGCAAAUCACACACAGAUGCAGCCUCAGUGCGUACGGCCUAUCCGAUACCGGCCGCCUGCGGACUGUACUACUUCGAGGUGAAGAUCAUCUCCAAGGGCCGCGAUGGAUACAUGGGCAUCGGGCUGACCCAUACAAACUUCAAGAUGAAUCGCUUGCCCGGUUGGGAUAAGCAAUCGUACGGCUAUCACGGUGACGAUGGCCACUCGUUCUGCUCGUCCGGCAAUGGGCAACCGUACGGUCCCACCUUUACCACCGGUGAUAUUAUUGGUUGUGGCGUCAAUCUGGUCGACAAUACUUGUUUCUACACAAAGAAUGGCCACCAUCUGGGCAUCGCUUUCAAAGAUCUACCGGUAAGAUUAUCGACCGGUAUAACACACCAGACGUUGGCUAAUGUUUUCUAUCGAUAUGUUUAUUACCAGCCCCGGUUAUACCCGACGGUGGGACUACAGACACCCGGCGAGGUGGUCGAUGCGAACUUCGGUCAGGAACCGUUCAAGUUUGACAUCGAGGACAUGCUGAAGGAGCUGCGGGCCAGCACGAAGGCCACGAUCUACAACUUCCCACUGCCGGAUGAUCAGGGCGAUUGGACGGUGAUCUUGCACAAAAUGGUUUCCUCCUAUCUGGUCCACCACGGGUACAGCUCGACGGCGGAAACGUUCGCACGGACCACGGGUCAAACAUUACAGGAAGACAUGACAUCGAUUAAAAAUCGACAAAAAAUUAUCAAACUAGUGCUUUCCGGUCGCAUGGGACAAGCAAUCGAACAAACCAUUCGUCUCUAUCCGGGUCUGCUAGAGUCGAAUCAAAAUCUGCUUUUUAUGCUGAAGUGCCGCCAGUUUAUCGAGAUGGUGAACGGAUCUGACUUUGACCUAGGUACUCCUUCGUCGCGUACGAGCCCAGUGCAAACAUCGGUGAUACAAUCAACAAAAAGUUAUCAAAACGGUAGCACCAUUAUUCCGGAUAACGUUGACAAUCAGGGAUACUUAAAAAAUAACGUCCUCAGUAAUAACACCAACAACAAUAAUGGCAACUGCAUCGAAGACGACUACUCGAACGACGUUGAGAUGGAGAACGGACACAGCAAUAAUAGCGCCACGAAUGGUUACAAAAAUGGAAACGCUAAUCGAACGAAUACAAACGAAUCGGUAGAGGAGGAAGAGGAGGAACCGGAGGACGCCGGCAGGGAUGAAGAUAUGGAUGUGGACUCAUCGCUAUCGCCAAACUGUAAAUCGACGAGUGCCACGGGAAAGUCCGGUGUCGAGCGGAUGCUAGAAUUCGGCCGGGAGCUGUUCCAAAUGAGCCAACGCCUGGAGAAGGAACAUGGUGUUAAUGAAACUAAUCAAAAAAUGUUGGAGGAUGCAUUUAGUUUAUUAGCCUAUUCUAAUCCCUGGGCAAGCCCGCUCGGUUGGCAGCUGUGCCCAUCGCGUCGUGAAGCUGUAUGUGCUGCUCUAAACUCUGCCAUAUUAGAAUCAAUGAAUUACUCAUGGCGACCACCGCUGGAGGUGUGUAUAGCGCAUGCCUGCGAGCUGCUACGUCUCAUGUCGAGCACAUCCCUCGGUGCGUGCGCGUUCGUCAGCGUGGACGAUAUACUUGCUCAACAUCAGCAACAUUGACUACGUCUAAUACUUCAGCUAGCGCCUUACUUCAAUUUCUAA